AUGGUCCUUCUGCAAAGAUCUGGGAAAACGGAGUCAUCAGUCAUGCAGUUGGCCACCUGCACAGUCAAGCUCCUCGUGCUACUCCUACUCCUUGGCCUUUCGCUCACAGUCGCAACCAACGGCCAAGCUGCGAGAAGCUCAAAGGGCGAGAAGAUUGACUCAACGGCGGAGCAGAUGCCUCAGCGAACGAUCAGUCUACAUUCUGUCGCUGAAGGCAGUCACAGGAGGCCAAGGAACGCAUUCAACUCGGUGCAGAACAAUUACCCGCGCACACCCUACAUCAUUUUCUCUGACACUAGUAAGUAUGUUUGCUCAAAAAGUAAAAGCGGAAACCCGCUAUGCAAAACAUGCGGCGUUACUGCCUACUAUUUCGAUUUGAUGGUAGAUCCUUUUUGUUAGAGGUAAUUUCCAGUGUGCGCGGCGCUGCCUUGCAGAACAGGGUUCUAAAUGGCCAGAAUUUGAAGCAGUUAAGCGCAUAAAAAUGCCCUUUUUAUAAAAAUAAAUCUAUCCUUCCGCUGAGUUCCCGAGAAAGCUUACAUCCUUAGAAAAACCGCGUCACCUUGGGAACAGUAGAAGAAACGGUCGGGUACAGGAAUUUAGAUACACCUGCCCCUUCUCACCUUAGUCCUACAACUGGUCUCGCGCUAAAUUCCAGGGGUUCCUUCUCUCGCGUCCAGAAUGCAAUCCUUAUCCUGACUGCAACACAUACUCUAACGCUGAUCCCAACCAUGACCCCAAUGCCAAUUCUGAUCAUAACCCGUAUCUUAAAAAUUGUAAUACUAACCCCAACUGCAACUCACAUUCGAAUACUUUAAACCCUAAUCACACUCCUCAAUCCUAACUCUGCUAACCAGAAUCACAACCCUCUUCAUAACCAUUCUAACCGAAAACCAAACCACAAUUGAAAUUAAAACUUUCCGAAAUAUAACGCAAAUCAUAAUCUUUAACCUAACCCUAACUCUAAUGCGCUGUAAUUUAGGGACUGGCCAUAUUCAUCAACGGUGGGUCAAUAAAACCGCGUAAUUAUCUGAACUGGUUCUACUGAUUUUGCCUAAAAAAAACCUAUUUUUCUAAAUCUAAUAUUAGCCAGUCUCAUAGGUUUCACUGCCAUUUUAGAAUUUGACGUGCAAUCAAUGCCGGCAGAACAUGGCCAUCACGGGGCUGAUGUACAUUCAAGAUUUGAAAAUACACGGGACACAUUUUCAGCAGAUGUGGAUCAGAGCUCAGCGAAUUCUGUCAAUCCCCCUCUGCAGACAAUGAAGCAAGUGCCAUCUGAAUUUGUUUGUUUCGUGGAUUUCUCAUUUCAAUGUCUGUUUUUUUCGGCGCCUACGUAAGAUGAUAUAAUUUCUAUGAUCCAGCCUUCCACUGAGAAAUCACGCGAAGCGUGCGCACACUCGACUGCUAUUCCCAAGACAAGUGCGGCAGAGGAGGAGAAUACGACUUACCACAAAAAUGCGUUAUAAAACUGCAGGUCAUUUAAACUUGAAAAAUAACGCGUAUUUAUAACAUCCUAUUGAGAUUCGCCUGUUUUCCGUCCAAUGGGCUUCGAGAAGCAAACUCUAGACAAGCUGAUCGAUUUCUCGCAUACACUGACCAAUCAGGUCCGAGGAGGGCAGCCAAUGGCGAGGCGCCACCAUCAUUUCGACAGCGUGCUAGAGGAAGCGCCCGCGGCCUCCAGUAAUUAGUCGGCUCUUGUUUUGGGGGUGUAGACACCGUCAGCAAUAAUUUUAAAAAAAUUUCUACCCUAGGCUUGGUACACCCAGCCAGAAUAGUCGCGUCCCUUUGUGAAAAUCGUCAUAAUAAUGCAGUGAGUAAAAGUCACAUGCGGAAUGCAUCAUUAGAGGGGAUAGCAUCCAUUAUAAACAGUUCUUAGCCACUACAACUUUCCAGCCGGCUCCUGAGUAGGAAGAGAAGAGAGGAAUUGUAGAUGAUGGUAUGGUUGACAAAAAAAGAUUCCCAAAUCAGAAUUCAGAGAAGACAGAUUGGGUUGGACAACUUUACUGACGUGUAAGAGCGUGCGGACAGCUUUGUAUGCCGUUACCUCAAGCUGUCUUUCAGGCAAGUUCCUCUCUCCCGUUGAGGGUUUUAGCUCACAGUGUGUUCGUGCGCUUUCCACUCCGUCUCAGUAUCAGCCAGCCAAUCAGGGAAAAGUUAGCGUUGAUUGGUUUCGAGCAAUCGCGAGACUAAUGUCAAGCCUCUCGCGGUCCCAGCAGCGAAUCUAUAGGCAGCGUGUAUCGGACAGAAUUGCAGCUAGGCAAAGCGGCGGAGAGGAAGAAAUCGCGGACUACCACAGACACUACAUAAUGUACAGAAGUAACAGACAACACAUUGGUGUAGGUUGGCAGCCGGACGAGAACAUACGUCCAGACGUCUGAGUGCAGACGAGACAGGUGUCGGAGGGCCUUGAGCGAGGCCUUGUCUGCAUCGGACUUAAAGCUGAUUAAACGAUUUGGGUGGCUUUGAAUGACCGAACAUCAGGCGGCCUCCCGUUUACACCGCAGUGGCCGGACGAGAAAACCUUGGUGGCAGCCUUUCUGAUUUGAGACCUGGGUCGAUGACUGCAUUGCGGAGCAUUCGUCUCGCAUGCAGGGAAGAAGCAUCUUCUUUGGUGUUCCUUACUGCAGAACCCGGUGUGUGGGUCGCGUCGUGAGAGACUGUUCAAGCUCCUUAAAUCGGUGCUUCCCAUCCCUACGAUAGAUCAGUGACAGCCGCGGACAGCCGAAUGGUGCCCUUGAGAUGGAAGAGGGUAUGUGAGUUGGAAUCUGGAGACUCCGUCGCCAGACACUUAGCACAUAUUCCUCGAGAUGUCGCUAUUUUAAAAUGUCACGAUGCAUUCAAAGAAGCGCCUCAGAAGGAGUUCAGCUGAUGGGAAAAUGCGAUCUCCUCGGGGCAGAUGCUAUGGCUGCAAUGGCUCCUUCUUAAUGUGGCCUCUAUGGUACUUCCAUCCGGUGAGGAUCCGAACCGCCGUUUCUCUUUUGCGUGAACACCUGGUUUAACAUGUGCGUCAGCGUGGCAUGGGCAGAAGGGUCGUUUCGCUUUGUCAGCCACUAGGCCCCACCUCGCCGUAGUGCAAUGAGAUCAGGGAGGAUGGUGUGUGAUAGAUGCUGCGCAAGUAAGCCUCAACUUUAAUAAAGUCAGGCGGGAAUUAUCGCCAUACCACCAACCCUAUUGUAUGCUCCGUCGUAGAAAUCAUUGGUCGCGACGGUCGAACUAUCUGUUCUGUUAGAAGGAAGACACCUCAAACAUCUUAAUUUUCCAACUCAUUAAACAGGUCCGAUUCACCUAAGUAUUUUGCAUAACAACAGGUUACAACAGUGUACGUGCUAAAUAUUGAGGGAACCAAGUGAGGCUCAUCAACGACCGACAUGCCAAGCCCACUCUCUGCAAAGGAAUGCGCUCAAACAACCAUGGACGGCGUAAAAUGCAUUUUUAGGGGGAAAUAAAAUCACUGGUUGCACUGAGAGUAGCGAAACACCUGUCACCAGACCGGGAUUGGUAAACAUAUGCUAAAACACCUUUCAGUAGAAAUCCGCAAACGUAGUCUAUCACUGUAAUUAUAUGCGAACUUUGAAAACCCAGUGAUACCAGAGUGUUCUACGAAGGAUCUUUCUGAUGUGUACAGCGGAGACUAUCCUCAUUACUUCAGCUGGAUAUUCUGAGCAGUAAUCAUCGUCUAAAGUAGUAGUAAUGCUGCCAGUCUAUAAGUCAGACAAGCAAGGUAUUUUCUAAUCGGUGAAAAUGAGCCUUCUUCUUCUCUUCCUCCGCGUACGUGUUUUUGACUGUCUGGUCACUGACCUUAAGAAUAUCGUGGAUUAGAGGAUGCAUAUUUGGAAAAAUAAAUUCCCUUGGUGCACGAAGAAUAUUAGAACGCCUGUUGGCAGUCUGAAAUUGGUAGACAGUUGCGAAAGCACAUAUCACCUGAAAUCCUAAAAACUAGUCUGUCGCUGUGGUCAUAUGUGUAACUGGGCAACCAGGGACUUAAAAAGAGUCUACGCAAGAUGGGUGGAGUAGAGUUCAUUCCCCCGCAGAUAUGAGCACCAGUCGACGUCUGCAUUAAUAGAAAUGCCCCUUCGUCUAUACAUCGACUAAGCAAGACACUUCGCAAUUUGUGGAAAUAAGAGCUUUCUUCUCCACCUUCUCCUAUGGCACUGCGCAGGCGACACGUCCUUGUGGAAAAGACAAAACGGCGUAGCCGACGAGCAGUCACGGCCAACCAACAGCACGUCUGGCCGUUUGGUAUCAUUCCCUAUUCAAUCGAUCCAAUAUUUUCCGGUGAGUACGUAACAAAUUUUAUUUGAAUUUUCCGGCGAGACCGUCCUAGUUUUGUUUAUGUUCAUAGUCCCGAUUAGAUGUUUGCUUUAGACCAGGAGGUAUGAUGGUACACCUACCUGCGCGUAUUCACCAUGCUAGGUACGUGUGACCUCUAACCCAUCCGACUUAAUUGACAAUGUUUUGGCACCGGGCCAAACUGUGGAGGAAGAGGAAGGGGUGCAAUAGCCGCUACGCAAGUCAACUAUUAUUUUAAAUUAAUUAACCCGCAAGUCACCGUCCCUGCUGCAUUAUGCUGUGGAACUCACAGACCAAUGCUACAAACAGCCAGUACCGACGGGAUGACGAAAAACCAUUAACGCGCAUUGGUGCAGACUUCGGACAACAAUAGCAUCACUUGUUCGACACGGUUAAAUAGUUAACUGUUUAUGUACGUAAGCCAAAAGUGUGACAACGAGCCGAACAACCUGCCUCAAAAAUUUACGCAUAAAAAUUUAUUUUAUUCCCGAAGAAUCUUACUUAUUUCCAAUUAAAUUUCUUUGGAUGCCCGUUUUCAAGUAUAUUCAUAUAUGUAAGUUAGUAGACGGGCGCCCACCGAUCGUUCUUACGGAACUCACUUUUUCCGUUGUGUCUUCCUGGCUUUUUCUCGAGCCCAACCAGCAGCUGCACAGCCGUGGAUGAUAUGGAAAGGAUAUAAUUACUGCCAAAGGCAUGGGAGACUGGAAUGACCAUCCGCCGCUGGCAUGCAUAUCUGUAUAUUCGAUUGUACGAAGCAUUUAUCUAAUCAGAUAUUUUUAUUUCACCAAGGCUCCUCUAGGGCAACUUUCAUGAGAGCGAUGCGAACGUGGGAAAGCAAGACCUGCGUCAGUUUCGUGGAGAAGGAGUCGAAUCAUCAGUCUUACAUUCACUUCACAAUUGAGUCAUGUGGGUAAGUGGCUGUGCUACUUAUAUGAUAACCAAAUGGGCGGAAAACAAUGAAAAUAUGCCGUUUGGCGACAAACGUGAGUUCAGCUACGCUCUCUUGUGUUUAAAAGAUACAGAGAUAUUAACAGUCCGUGACAGCCACCAUGGAAUGCUAGCUAAAAUUCUGAAAUCCGUUUUCAAUUAAGAGAGAUUACUAGGGUGAGGUUGUUAGAUUAAUUAUUACGAGAAAUGAUCCUUUGGUAAUAUAGGCUCGCUGGAACGUUGGUAUGCGAAUGCACCUCUUUGCAGCUUUCUGCAUGACCUGAUCUUGGUAGAAAACGACUACAUAUGCAGUAGGCAUUUUCAUGUUGAUUUUCGAUGCGAUUAUAAAUGCAAAUAUACUUUUAGGAAAACAUGAAUAAAAUGUACUUUUGUUUACUCUUUUGAUACCAAAUCACAUCCUUUUAACAAUGCAUGCUUGAAAACGAGUAUAUUUAGGUUUUCAAAUGUCUAUCAGUUCCCGAGAAAUAUUUAGCCAGAUCAGCUUUUGCAUUAGCGUUUAGCUAUUCUUAUAUACAGGGCGUAUACUUUCCACAUAAAAAAUAAUCUCUUCUUUUACGCCUUUUAUAAGAUAUCAUGUAUAGUUAACCAGACUGAGCAAUGGAUGCGGAUAAUGUUGUUUACUUUACGGGAUCAUAAAUAGACGUACAGGUGCAAAGUUGUUUAGGAAAGCUAAAAAUUACAAAAUUUUAUAACCGAAAGGUGUCCUUUUAUCGGGUAUAAACUGUCAAAGGGACAUGGAUUGCUUCCAAAAGAGCGAAAGUUUGCACAUGUUUAUCCAUGUUGUUUUUAAGCUAUAUGUGAACUUAUAAGGUCAUCAAAAUAAAUGUCUAACCGCAUACUUGAUAUCUAGUCAUUUCCUUAACUGCAGGCAUAUACUACAGAGGGCCUCAAAGAAACGGAAUCGGGCAAUACCAAAAUAUUAUGGGAAUAUACUACGUGACAAUGGUUGUUAAAAUCCCACCUAAGAAAUUUUUCCUAAUAGAAAACGGAUUUCAAACUUACGGCUCAUAUUUCACUAGAUCGGUCACCCUGGUCUGUCCUUAUCAUAACUCGCAGAUUUUCUGGAAACAGAAACGAAACAAUAGAGAACAGUGAGUGCGGUAAGUACCAAGUACGACGAUAUGUGCAAGCCUUAUGAUGAAAAAAUUCAAUUGAAAUUUUCCAGAGAAUUUGCCACUGCAUGACGGAGCUGUAGAAGUCUGUUCUAAUGCUUCCUAUGCGGUCUAUUACAACAAUGAACUUUAAAACACCAGGCGCGUGUAAAAUAUCCACAGCUCGUAUGCAUACAUACGAGUUUAAUCGUGUAAUCUCAAAGAAGGAGAUACGAUCGUUGGGACAAGAGCUUUAUUAGCCUUGUACCGGCGAUCGUGUCUCCUUCUUCAAGACUGCUAUCUUCGCUCCUAUUGGCGUUGUAAUCUUAAGAAAUAGUGGGAAUAAAUAGCUGUUAUGAAACUUUAAAUAGCGAGGCCUAUUAUUGCUACGGAGAUGAGCACAGCCAUGACAUGCACGAACAAAUUUGCAACCACCACCCUCACGCCACCGAGACAAGCUCAAGAGAACCCAAGUUGAGUGCGUCAGAGAAGGUGAUGGUUUUCUAGUGAUAGCUCUCUAUAGAAUCCGAAGGUGUCUAACAGGGCCGUUGCGAGAUCUAAACUUUCUUUUACAGUGCGAAGUAUUUAGGAAUGAAAGCUGACGACAUCGAUCCGCCUCACAUCAUUCUGUCCUGACUGCCGCCGAUCCUUGACCUCCUCUAGUCAGUCAACCUGGUGGUUUCGGCUCUGGAUUUGACGUCUUCUCAUCAAGCCUGACUGUUGUUCUUGCGGGAAGUUAUCAAUGUGCUCUGGUAGCUGCCCUAUCUUUCCUUCAACCGCGAGUGCCUAAAACGACAUUAAAUAUAGGAUUUAAAUCCCCAACCGUCCAUCGGGCUUCAUUGUACUUAAAUUCGCCCAAAAUGACAUGAAUGUUCCGCAUCGUAGUCGAUCUGAGCAUAAAAGUGGCUGCGAUCCAUCCCGGUCACUUCAUGUUCGCUGUCACUCAUAAUUGUCCAUGUCAACCCGUCCUGAUUUUGCAGGGUACUCGCGCAUCCAUGUCAAAGGUGACAAUCUUUGAUUCUGAAGCGAUUAUCACUGAAACUGGCCGCGAAUUCGAAUAAACAGGACAGCGACAGUUGAUGUCCGUUAAUGACAGCUGACGUCUUUACAGUCAUUCCGAAGAUUGCGUUUUCACGGCGUCUAUGAAGGGCUGCUUUAUGCCCUGUCGACGUCGGAGAGAAGGCCGGAUGUGUACAGGUGCUUGUGAUGGCCUGCGUUGUAUUUAGUAGUUCACGUUGGAUGUCUGCUCGAUUUUCUCGGUAGGCCUUCGCACAAAUUUAUCAUGAAUUUGAACCGGGAUCAUCGCGUGGACGCAGCUCUUCUUUGUCCCGCUUUCUCUGGAGGGGACAUCUGGGUGUGAACGCAUUGGGCGCCAAGUGUCUCACUAUGCCAUCGAGGAAAUGUAUGACCAUCACCUUCGUGAACGUUUUUGACAUCUAUAUUUUCUCAGUGAACGUCUCAGUUCACGGUGUGGAGGAAUUGUUGGGACGUUCGGCAAGUUGCAAUAGGAACUGAAAGCAUCUGCGAGUCUCCACGUUUUUCUAGGACUUUUAUUCACCGUCCAUAACAAGCAUGCGGCACAAUUGUAAAGGUACAAAUAUUUAGCCAGCAGCUUAGAAAAAAAGAUACCCGAUGACUGUGUCAGAUUUCCCCGCCUCCUCUACGCCUGCGUAAUAGGUUUUAGGAUCAUAUUUUGAUGGACUUCUGUUGUAUUCAAAUUGACGCCCCAGUUUUGCCGCCCGAAAUCAUUUGUGUCGUUUUCUGCAGAGACGACGGAUGUCAGAGGUCAGCCUUGAACGCAUCUUAGGAGGUCUGACGAGAGCUUCCCCUGACUUUGAAUGAGUCAAUGAGGACAGGACCUAAGUCGUUAAUCCAAAACUUCAAGUUCCGUUAAUUUUUGCUCACUAAAAUUGUCUCAUGCAACGUCUGAGCCCUCAUUCAGUCGUCCGGACCUUCUCUUAAAAUCAGAACAAAAUGGUUGAGGAAAGAGAGAGUGCGGUAGAUGCUGCGUAGUUUCGCUUCACUAUAAAUAAUAAUUGCCGCGUUCACUCUGUGAAGCAGGAGUUGAACUUCGUCGCUCGCAAAAGUAGUGCUGUUAUUGGUGUAUUGUAUAACAUUCUGCUGGAUAGAUUCUCCCACGUAAAAUUAAUGCGGAACGUGUAAAAGCAGAAGAUGCAAUCGCCAUACUGCUCACUUUUGUGUUUUGGACAGUUUGCAGUUGUAAGUUGAGGCGUGGUUGAGGCAUAGUAGGGAGUCAAAAUAUUGCAGACACAUUUAACAAAUCGAAAGAGUUAGCUAUUAAAGGAGUCUUCUUGUUUUCAAAUAACUUCAGAUGUUGCUCGCAUGUCGGCCGUCAGAGCAAUAGCGGGCUACAAACCAUUUCUGUCGCGCCAGACUGUGAGAGUGAUGCAGGAGUCAUACAGGAACUUGGACAUAUUUUGGGAUUUUGGUAUGAACACAUCCGACCCGACCGCGAUGGUGAGUUUGUGCAGGAUAUAUACAUGCGAAAUUCUCGACACACAUUAUAAAUGCGUAUUUACCCUUCCUUAGUCCUAACAUCUCAUUGCCAGGUUUUUUUCGGAAACGCAAGCUAACGAAUGUUGUUCAGAAUGCUCUGCUUAGGCAUGCCAAGGAACAAGUAAUAAUAGUUUGAGCUCACAUACUCCGGACAUAAAUCAGUCCAAGUUUGCCAAAUAUAAUAACAGUAUAUGUCAUACUUAAUUAAUAAUCUGGCGAUGCCGAACGUGGUUUACAUCGCACAUUCAGCAAAACAUGCUCUAACAUCCUGUUCUGUACCCUGUUCUUUUGACAGAUUACGUGGAGAUUAUCAAAGAAAACAUUCAGCCCGGUAUGCUGCGCCAUUUUGAGAAGCUGACGCGUGCUGAUGUGGAUUCUCUCGGUGAAGAAUACGACUAUAGCUCCAUUAUGCACUUCCGAAAGGAUGCCUUUGCUAAGCCCGGCAAGAACGAAACCAUAAGACCAAAGCAGUGCUGUCCCCGCCCGGUAAUUGGAGAGGCAACACAACCUAGCGCGCGCGACUUCAGGCAGGUGAACAAGCUCUACAAAUGCCCUUGUAAGCGGAAUUAUGCUUGUAUGUACUUGCGGCAUUUUCUGGGCGUUAGUUUGGCUGAACUCACUAUUCGCUUCACAUUACCGUUUUAGUGUGCUGUGUCUGACUGAUGUUCCUCGAUCUCUCCGAGCACUCGAGGUACUAUAGUCACUCACUUUCGGUCGCGUUUGUGUCGAGAAGAUUCAUAAGCAAUUAAAAGUUUGAAAAAAUACAGAUAGCUAUAUACGCCAAGAAGGCGUGCAAGGAUCGGCAUUCUUAUACAUAUGAAUAUUAGAUGUAAUAUAGUGUGACAUUACGCAAUGUGUUUGACGCAUACGAUUAGUAAUCGAUUUCAUGGAAUAUUGGCCAAGAUUUUGAAAUGCGUUUCAGAUUAGAAAGGAUUACUUACAUAGCGUUGGAAUAGUGUAUCACGUACGGUAUAAUCCAAUAAUAUUUCGUAUUUGAUUGUAUAUUGAUCUUCGAAUAAACCACUAUUCUCACUCCUAUAAAUAGCCCACUCAGUAGAAUGUGCCACCUAAACAGUAUGAAUACAUUCCACUGAUUUUCGAUGACCUUGUAGAUUCAAACAUAUAUGUAUGGACAACAGAAGCAAAAAUGCUUCCGUCGUACUUAUUCAACAACAAGCCAUGUCUUCCUCAAACAUUAUCUCGAUUGUAAAAAAAUCCUAAUAAUUUGAUUUCUGAAAAGACGUGAUCUCCAUUUAUACAGGGUGGUACAUCUUUGUUUAUUAGUGCCCCUCUUCACAUCCACGUUAAUUACAAAGUUUCCGAACUUUUCAUGACAUUCCCAGAAAUGCAUAGACUAGUGCAUAACUUUUAGUGCACGAAAAGUAUGCCUCUUGUAGGCUGAAAAAGCUAAGCGCCAAUGGUAUCGCAGACCAAAAUCAAACCGAAAGAUAUACUUUCCUCGAGCAUAACAUUUGGCAAAAGCAUAUGCGAUUAUCCGAAGAGUAGAAGAAGGAUAAUGUUUGUGCCUUUUUUCCGUCAAAUGUGUUCGAUUUAUUAAUUUCACCAAAAAUCAAUGUAAAAAUGCAUUCUACUUGGGUAGGGGUCUUGUUAAAAGAUCAAAUAUGGUGAUUUUGAAGCUCAUCAUAAUUACUAACCCAAAAUGUCAUGGGAUUUUGCCGUAUAAUAACAAUACUAUAAGCCAUUCAACGUAGUUCUCCCUAGAAAGAAACGCAUUUCAGAAUUCCGACUGAUAUUUUAUGAGAUCUGCCAUUGACCGCAAGUCAUGGCUAUUAGUCGGUCUCAUAAACUUGAUGGCAUGGCCAAGAUGAAAUGCAAAAGAUGCCUUGAAAAUGCAUCAGCCACAAUGUAGAUGUGUCAUGUAACAUUUACACUUAUGAAACAUAUCAGCAUUUUGUCAUAAUUAGAGCUGGUGUUGGCGUUUUUAUCGCAAUAAUAUUAUUCCAUAAAUUUUGUGAGUUCAAAAUUACCACUGUAAUCAUCAAAAUAAAAUCGCGUCUGUCCGUUCUCGCACACAUUUUCCACCAAACUACGUGCUGAUCCGGCCAUUUUCAUGUUUCAUUGAAAUUCUGGUGUAAAAAGAACCGUCCAAUAUUGUGUGUCUAAGAUAUGGUCUAUGUAUAGUAUCUUUUAUAAUUCUCCUUUUCAGAAUUUCUCAUUUUAUUCGCAUGCGCACCUAAUGAUAUUUGUUGUAAAGCUGUUCAGUAACUCGGUCAACAUACUAGUUGAUUUACCUCAAGAAAUAUGCCGAACUGCAAAAUGGACAUGCAAUAAUUCGCAAACCGGGACGAGCAUGUGGACCAAAGUUUGAUGAUAAUGAUGAACGACGUUAAGCGACUUGAAGGCAUAAAAGAAAUGCCAAAAUUUAAUAGUACGCUUUUCAUAAAUACCACCUGAAAAUCGUCAGGUUUUCGAUGUAUCGACGGCCUGUCCAUGCAGAUGACGAGUAAACAAAACAGCAAAAGUAGAAUAACCAUUGAAAGUAGUCUUUUUCUGCAGUUUGCAAUUAACUGUUCUUUACGAAUAAUAAUGUUGACUAUUUCGGGUAUCCAACAGCCGGCGGUUUUGGAAAAGAUGCCAACACACGUCAUAUUUUUAUACUUGCCCAAUUAUGAGAACUAAUCGCCGAGAAAAAUGGAUAAAUUGUAAUGAAUAUGCCUGAACUCAAUCAAUAAACUGCCACCUAUACGUUUCAAAUUUAAAAGCGCAUUCAUUAGUUGUCCUGCUGACAGAUAUUUGUGUAACUGACAUUGCUUCAUGACAAACCUAAGGCAAAAAUAGGGACAUUUCAUCGACCUUCUCACUUCCCUGAAAAUGGGUGAUAACUUUUUUGAUGCAAAUGCAGAACCCACUUUUUUCUACCAUAUGUAUUUGCUUUUGGCAUGCUUAAAGAUUGUAAAUGCACAAAAGUGACCUUAUCGAUACUAAAAUAAUGCAAAACCGCUAAUCUACAGCCUGCUCCGGCCCUAGAGUAUGCGUCUACUGAAAUUAGGUCAUGCAAAUUACUGUAUCGUUAACCUAAAAGUUUACAUUGCCACUUGAAGGAGGGCUUUCCACUGUAAGUCCUUGUUCUUAUAAAAAGAGCAGUAGAUUUUCAAGACGUCUAAACAAACGAUUGCCAGUAAGCGUUUUUGCUGCGCUUUACGGCAUGCCAUCAGACCGACUUGAGAUCUGAGCAUUUAAAAUUGAUAAAACGCUUGGCUUUCUAAAAAAUCUUCAUGUCUACAUCUUGCUUUUUUGACUGACGAAGUGAAAUAAUUCAAAGUUCGCAUGCGGCUUAUACGGUUUGGUAAAAUUCCUUAGUCCAGAUUACCCUUUUCUCGCAAAUUCCAACAGGCGGGGGUAUAAACUUAGUUUUAGACAUCUAUUGGCAUAAGUAAUCAGCGGAAGAGAAGGUAGCGUAGAUUUCCACUUAAAUAUGUAAAUAUUCUGAUCGAUGAAAUUAGUUUUUAGGCAUAUUGAUCACGCAGUAUAAACAUUUUCCAAAAUAGGUUAGACAGGUAAGUAAAGUGUGCAGUGUUUUAACUUUACAUAAUUGAACUCGCUUUAUACCAUCGGGCUCAAUGAGCUAGGUCACAUACUGUAGAACUGCUCUUUAUUUUCCAAGCCUGUGGUCGAACGCUCCUGGAAUACUCCGGUACGUUUGCGUCUCCCCAGUACGCUGGUGAAAGGCAGGAAUCGGAGGACGCCGCCUUGACGCAUGCUGCAUCUAAUCAAGGUAUGCUGUCUAGAUGCACAGAGUUCUCUCCUAAACCCAUGCCCAGGGUUUCAAACUCAAGUCUGCCAUUUUAGAUUCAUUCUUCUGUCGGUGGCGAAUCGUAGCCGUCAGUGGAGAACGUAUCCACUUAACCUUCCGGAAUAUGGACAUGCUUCCGCCCGCAAACCAAUCGCAAAAUGGCAAACAGGAGUCAAUCAUGCCUGCAGAUAAUAGUAAUUCCUGCGUGGAGGAGUAUGUUGAGGUCAGAGAUGGAUACUGUCCCAAAUCGCCUCUAAUUGGUAUGUUGAGCUGGUUGAUGACGUUCACUGCUCUCCAAGUCCCCUUAUUUUUUAAGCAUUUCGUUGACUGAGACAUUCAGCUAUGUGGACAAGAAAUUUACAAGAUGUUGAUUGAGACUCCCGCGAUAUACCUCUUAUUUAAGGCAUAGAAAAGUGGGCAUUAAAUGUCCCUUAUUUGCGGUCGAUAUAAUAAAGGGCAUGCGUAACUUCGUUAGUAAAAUGUGCGAAUUCUCAAAGUAGGCAGCAUCGCAUUAAAGAAUCCCGGCAGCGCACAACUUUUAGUUUGCAUAAGCCAAGGAUCUACUUGAAGUGAAUUCUGUUGCCUAUUAAGCUGACGAACAGAUGACAAAAAAUCCUAGUAGGUAGGCUGAAUAAAAAGGUGUAUUUAAGUUAGGAAGAUAGUAAAAGAUGCGUCUUUUCAUGAAUGUCUACUUCAAUAUUAUUGAUAGACCAGAUUCAAAAAUUCCUGAUGCGAGGAUCUACGCAUAAAACGCGCAAUUUAGGAUGAAGUUUGUUAAUAACAGUCUAAAGCUCCCUGUAAAAGUCUGCAGCUGGAGUAGGAACGUAAUAACAACAGUCUUUUACAUAAAUAACGCGGUUCCCCGGUAGACAGUCUGGGAGACCAGUCCAAAGCCCCUUUAUACAUAUAUGUAAAUUCGGUCAGGGAGUUUUGUCAGGCAAAUAAAUCAGCUAUUUUUGCGUGAUCCAGCCAGCGUUUGACCAUGUUUAAGUAUUUAAUGGCCGCUGGAUGGAGUCAGAAUGUGCGCCUGUUGAAUAUUCUGGCGAUAUUUCAGCAGUACUUUGUCCAUAAAAGGGCGUGGCGUACACAGGGAUCCCACCAAAGUUUCGGCUGACUCGUCUAAUUAAUUUCAUUAUCUCAUGUAACUGAGAAAUUUUAAUUUUUUGGGCAAUCAGUUUACUGUAUCAGAUUUGGUGGAUUUCAGACGUUGCGGUAGGCUAGGCGGGUAACUUAGUCCAAAUGUGACUAAACUCACAUCUCCCGGGAGGUCUUGUAGCUUAGUUGGCUAGAGCGUUAAGUUUAUUAAAGCCGUACCCUAGCUGUUGUGAGUUCAAAUCCCAUCAAGGCGCUGAGUUUUCCAAAGUUAUGUCAAUAUGAAAUAUUCAAAAUCUGCAGAAACAUCCAUAGAAUGUAGAUUUCUGUCGUAGGUGCCACCUAUUGGCCACUCACAGAAACAGAGGUUGUGAGGUUUUGCUAUGUAAGGCCUCCACAUUUCAACAUAAGAGCUUCGAUUAUGCGCGAUGAGCCUUGUCUGGACUCAUGCCGUCACGGUAUAAGGGGAAAAUGUCUGGAGCACGUACCACCAAUAUCAGCUGCGCUCGUUUUGUCAGGAAGGUUUUUAGUCGGCGGUUCCAUUGAAGACUAACAUAUCGCUGUUGCAGGUCUUAAACGUUUUAACACUAAAAAUUGCUAAGAUUAAAGUGCUCACUGUUAGCCUGUAGAAAUUAUGUAUUCCGUCAACUGAUGAAACGAAUGUCGGAAGAAUGCAGCUUCAAAUACGCAAAAGAUUAUCGCAUCACACUCCUGCUAUACGAGGUCCAACUAGCAGCACAUCAGUUUGGUUUUUGCGUGGGGCACAGAUUACUUACAUCAUACAUACUACAAUACAUACGACAUACAUCAUACUUCACGUGUCGGCAGUGUCAACUCUGCUACUUUGGUCAGGAUAGCAGUAGCCUGCUCGAUAUCAUAAAAGGGCCAGUAAUAAGCAAUUUGACUGUGGCGCCGUGCCGUCCCAGUAUGUUUACCAUCUGAAACUUGCUCAUCUUCAGAAGCCUUUUAAACUGAUAAUCCCCCGAAUAUGUAGCCAAAUGACAUUAACAAGGUUUAUUUUUCCUGGUUGCCAAAUCAUGAAACACUGUUCCGAUCAUAAAUGCAGGAGCAUUCAGAUAAAGUUUCGUUUGUGAUUCAUUGACAUUUUUAGAAAUGCUAUUUACUGCAAACUUUCCCGCGUUUAUAUCAGUAUUUUUGACUGCUAUUUCAAAAAUUAAUACAGGAACGUUUAUGGUCGAUCGCCCGGCGUUCUGCUCAAAAAAAAUAAGCUGCUGUGUUUCAAGCACACAUCGUCUGGGUUUGCUUUCUAGCUAGGUUUAAAGUCGGGAAUCCCCCUCCCUCUCUUUUUUGCGAUCUGACCAUUUCAUCAAGUGCUCCGUGUCCGUCAGGCCGAAUUCAGUUUGAUAGUUGGUCACGACCUUUGCCACCCAUUCAGGGAGCUUGUUUGUUUCGGGAAUCAAAUGGAUCGUCGAUUUCGUUUUCGAUUCAAUAAUCAGAAGAGGUCAGCGAACACCAUUCCUACGGAAUUCGCGAACUAGGCUUUUGAUUGGCUGGCAGGUGUGAAUGUACCAACGCAGGCAACGAAGGUAUCUUGAAAGCUUUUACACAUAUGACGGGGUAAUUGCUUUUUCGCUUAUUUCGUAUGUCAUAGUUGUCAAUAUGCCUCAUUAACAUCAUAAACUGGUGUUCUGUUUUCUUCACAUCAACGGUUCCUCUCCAUUCACCUGUCAGAACGCCGUUCUUACGGACAUAUGGAUGAAUCCUUUUAACCAAGUUUUCCAAAUGUAUAUUACCGGGUUCGCGAUCCUGUCGCGAUGGCGCCGAACUGAUUUAAAUUUAAGUAUCACAACAAAGUUAGCCCUUUGUCUACGAACACAUGUUUAAAAAGUUAUGUGAACUCCACAUCAAGUAAGUACUCCUGACUGCGAAAAUUAUCACAGACAUGCAAGCUAGUCACGUAGCAAAUUUUUAUCAUUGAUUAAGGCAGGAUAAUAAGGGGUGAGCUAGUGUUGUGCGUACGUUUUAGUCCUGUUUAGAAAUCGAAUGUACUUUCUUUCUCAGGUCAAUACUGCGGAUCACAGCUGCCACUGAUGUUGGUUUCUGCAACUCCAAGGAUUCUGAUUGAUUACAAACGGUCAGCGGGACUAUCGAGCACCGGAUUUGUCGCCGACUACCGAAGUAAGCACAUAUUAAAUACGUUUACUUAAAAUAACAUAAAAAAGUCUACUACGGCCUCAAGCAGGAGACUUUAACGCAUUAAGAACAUUUAACAAAACGUUCGUAAAACACAGUAGUCGCGAGAUUUCAUAACGAGAGGGCAUAGAUCAACUUACUAAUUGCACUAGAUUAGUUGUUAAUUCUCCUUGAAUCCGCACAAAUUCACAUCAAGCGAAGGUGUGACUUCUAUGAACUAAUUAAUCAGAAGAAGAAGAAGAAGAAGAAGAAGAAGAAGAAGCGAUCAAUGUAACAAGGGCUUUAUUCGCCUGGCGUUUCGGAUUCUCACUUGAAUUCGUCAUUUGAGAAACUAUAUCGGCGUGUUGCGACGCAAUUCAGUGAAACGGAAGACAAGGUUGCCGAACGCCAAUAUCUUCGACGGGUUUUCCGAGAAAACGGUUACCCGCGCAACUUCGUCAACCAGUGCCUGCGCAAUCAACGUUGGAGAAGGAGGUAAAUAACCCUCUGGCAUUCCUUGAUGUCUUCGUCUGUCGCAAAGCUUGUGGUGGCCUAAAGACCAAAGUGUUCAGAAAAGCAACGAACACGACGCAAAUUCUGAAUUUCAACAGUAACCACCGAAUCAGCCGCAAACACAGUUGCGUAGAAACGCUAUUUCGGCGUGUUGAGACGCACUGCAGUGAACCGGAAGACAAGGUUGCCGAAUCCCAAGACCUUCGACGCGUUUUCAGGGAAAAUGGUUACCCGCGCAACUCGGUCAACCAAUGUAUGCGCAAACGAGACGAGAGACAGAAUCAUGCCGACCCCAAAUUAUAGCGAGCGAUCCGGUACAUCAAGCACGUCUCCGAGGCCGUUAGCCGCCUUCUUGCGCCACUUAGGGGUUCGAGUUGCACACAGACUGGAGGCCACCAUGAGGCGUCAGGUGAUGAGACCAAAAGACCCACUGCCACGGCAAAAAAACAUCUGGAGUCGUUUACCGGAUAUGGUGCAGUUGCGGACAAAGCAACUGUGUCGGAGAAACUGGAAGACUGCUCCGAACGCAAAUUACCGAACAAAUGGCAGCGCAACGGAGAAAUGGUGCUCACUCUCAGGUCGCGGCCCAUUUGACGAGACGCGGCCACACAUUGAAGUUCGAAGAGGUCGAAAUUCUUGCUAGAGGGGAUAAUCGCGUGUGCUGCGUGUUGCUUGAGUCAUGGUUCACGGGGACAAGGUCUAUCAACAAAUGCAACGAUAUGCCAACUUAAUAUUCCAAGCUGAGGCAUAGGCGGGCCAAAGUAAUUGACCACUCAGGGAGCGCGCAAGCCGGUGAGCCGGAUGGCCGAGCAAUAAUCACGCCAGCAUCCAACACGGGUGAUGAGAUUUCAACAAUUGCCAACUUGCAUGCCGGCCAUCAAGCAAUUAGCGCACCAGCGGGCAGCCAUCCUUGGUGAAAGGGAGCGCGGUUGAUUGCUAAAGGUAUGCGGUAGCAUAGCGACUGCAUCCUAUAAAUACUGCGAUUGCCUGUGCACGAGUCACCCAUUUCUGCCACUGUCUCUGGUGAUGGAUUCAAGUGAGAAUCCGAAACGCCAGCCGAAUAAGGGCCUUGUUCCAGCGAUCGCUUUUUCUUCUGUUUAAACACAUCAUUUAUGUGCGGUGGCCUGCCCGUUGUCUACAAAUACCAAGUGGCUUAUUAUACUGUCAGCCCUUGUGCUAACUAAAGGCACCGACCUGCGGGUCUUUCGACUCAUCAGGACCCUCAGCGUUCUCCUUUCACUCUGGGUUAUUUAAUUUUCGGGGAAGGUGAGGUGCAAACUUGCGGUGAAUUCCUUUCGAAUAAGGCUUUUAGGCUCGGUCCAAAGGUGUGUAUAUAAAUACCCGAGCUAAAAUUCACUAAUUACUGCGGAGUAGUCAAUUAAUAUCCAUAAUUUGCUGACAGGAAUUUCUUUGCCAUCACCGCAACUCGACUUGCUGACUGGUACGUCUUGUGUCUUUUGGCUGCGUUUGCGACUUUUGCGUAGAUGGAAGUCGGACUUGGUUACUUGCGAUUCCCUAUGAGGGAACUACUGUCUUCACUAACGUCAGGCUUGUGUUAUUUGAGUGGGAAAGAUACAAGUAGAAAAAAAAACCCUCUUUCAUCGACUGACAAAACGAUUAAGUUAACUCGCGAAAGAGGUAAUGUCUAAAAACUAGGUUAGUAGAAAAUACAAGCAACUGCCAGAAAAGUUCCAAUUCAUCUUUAUACUUUGUAAAAUGAAUUAAGUAGUAACUGCGUUUCCGCACGUAAAUAUAGGGGAAUCAAGUUAUUCUGAGACCUACUUCCUUGGUAUGAAUUCGGAACAGACAUACAUAGCAGAAUUUAGUUAGCCUUACAAAUUUCAUUACGGCUUAUAAACUGUAACCUGUCGCUGCUUGUCAAAUAUUGCGAAUGAGAAAGAUAAGGAUAUUGGAAUUACCGCAGAAAAUAAUAAUACAAAACGUCAAUGUCAUGGUUAACCACACACACAAAUAAAUGCUAUGGUAGUGUAAAACUACGAUCAAGCACGCAGAUGGGGUGCGUACAACAAAUAGCUGUCGAUUACCAGGGCAAGUUGAGGUUGACACACGUUUUUAAGUAAAGGGCACGCUUCCUUCGCCGAAUAUAGUCUGCUUCCAAGUAGCGUAAUAUCCGAGCUGUCGUGUCUAAACGACUUUUAGAAGGAUGUUUGGCGGUCAGCGCAAUGACUGAUAUCUAGGAGGUGUUUCGUGAUAGACGUACGAGGAAUUGUUUUUCCUCUUUAAAAAAGCAGGUAGUAAUUUCUUGGACACUUUUUCUAAUGCAUAUGGCCGUUUGGGUCAUAUGAGUCGAUUUAACCAAUCCUGACAACACUUCACGGCGAAAAAUUUACGGUUGCAAUGAUUGCCGCCAAAAUAUAUGCGUUAUGCGAGUUUUAAGACCAUGCAAUGUCCAUAUAUGCAGCAUCGUACAUGUCUGCUUACCAAUGCGUCUUAUGAAAUGUACAACAUAUUCCACAUUGGUCGCAAACUUUUAUGAACUCUAUAUAGUAUUUUCUUAAAAGCACAUAGACAUAAUUGAUUUUUCUUCCGCGGACGGCAUACAUCUUGUAGACCAAAAUCGUUAAUCGCUAAUGCAACGACUGAUAAGGCUAGCAAUUAUUCGGGAAUUGAAAAACUUCUUCGAAGCCUAAAUACACAUUUUAUUUUGGUAUAAAAUAUAAUGAAAAUGUGAACUCUUCUCAAACGAGUAAAAGAAAGCAUGUUUUUGCAUUGUUUCCAUAAAAUAUACUCGAGUUUAUGAGAUCAUAAAAAUUCGGUGUGGAAAAUGUAUGUUACUUAAGUAGCCGAUUUUCACCGAUUGUGUUUUCUGCAGGAGAUCGAAAAGAAGUGCAUUCAAACGCCGGCAUCCUGUCAAGUCCUAAAUACUAUAGGAUUUUGCCGCAAGAUAAGCAAUAGUACAAACCAACUUUUGAAAUCCUUUCUAAUUGAAAACACAUUUAAGAGUUUCGGUCAACAUUUUAUGAGAUCGAUCAUGCACUGUAAGGAGCGUUCACGGUAAGAUGACGCAAAGUUUCUGGCCGUACUAAUUAAUGAUUAUUUAUCAAACGGAUGAUCAUUUAUAGAUUAUGCUACUUUAGUAAUGUCUGUCAAGUGAAGUAAUGUAACUGGACAAUUUUGCACUAAAUACCACUUUGACGUUCAUUUAUUUUCUGAUGAACGUCUAGUAACGUAGAGGGGCGACAGUGAGUACAUUCCGAAACAAUCCUGCAAAAUGUUUCGUUUGAAGCACUUCCGAUUUCAGAAUAAUAAACAUCAAUUGAUUUUACCGAUGCAUCACAAUAUUAGUCAUAUACAGUCAGUGGCUGAACUCAACAAUUGUUUACAAACAUACAAAAUGCUUUUUCGAUGUGGAUAUAUUAAUCAAAUUGGCUGGAGUAUUAAUUAUAGUUCAGCAAAGUGUUAAGCUAUUAAGGGACGUCAUGAUGCCCUUCAGUUAGUUCUCAUAGAGGGACACUCGUCGCUUGUUUCUUAAACGUUAUGAUUUACUAGUACGAAUGACAUUUGCCAUGCAGCCAUAGGAGUUUGUUAAUUAACAGUUCGUUCAGAGGACUUUAAAUGAAUGUAUGAUGCUAUAAAAUACAAUGAUUUGUUGAUACGGUGCACCGAAAUUAAUAGCGAAGGAUAAGAAUAUGGUUUGGUAAAGGCAAAAUUGCAAAAUGUUUUGAUGUAUUUUUGCACAUCAGUUGUUUGCGGUGAGAGCUUGAAAGCGGACAAGGGCGUUUUCACCAGCCCCGGAUAUCCAAGCAACUACCUGCCAAACAAACAGUGCAUCUGGAAGAUUGAAGUCUCCGCUGGAUUUGCCGUUGUUCUCUCAUUCGUGACGUUUGGAGUAAGUUCAUAUAGUAGUAGUGCAGCUACCCCCCCCCGAUUAUUAUAAAAAUACAUUCUAUUAACCGAAGUAAACAACAGCAGCAGUCACUCCUACUGAAAUCAAACCUGCAGCAUGCUGCCUGCCACUAA